UAAUUUUGACAAUUUGACAUUCAACCAUUGACAUUUUCGUUUCAAAUUCGGUUCACAACAAAUAAUAAUACAAAAUGAUGCAAGAAUACGAUGAUGAUUUCUUUUUUGAAGAGGACAAAAUAAAUAUGGUGGUUUUAUCUGUUAACUGAGUCAGUAUUUGGCGGAUUUCGAAACGAUAUAUUCAGUGUCGUGUUGUGGUAUUGAGGAGAAAUGUGGCAGCAACCAUACGAAUAUUUUAAUUACAACGAUAUGAGGAUUUAUCCCCAGCAGUAUAUGAUGUCACAUCAGAUUGAGGAUAAACUCAAAGCCGAAGAAACACCAAUGCAAUCGAAAUUGUUAUUAUCUAUUGACGAACGUGCUUCCAAUUCCAUUCAGGAGUACAUGAAGGAAAAUAAUGUGAACGACGUCGAACAGGCUAGUGAAGAAAACAGAGACAAUUUCAACCAAGAUUGCAUAUUCAACGACUUGAGACAAGAAAGAUACAAGAUAUAUCAUCAAGAUUUGAUGGGUAUGACAGUGACAUCCGGCAGCGUAACGUUAAGCAAAGAUGAGAAGAACUUAAUCGGAAUAAGUAUAGGUGGAGGAGCACCUUUAUGCCCUUGCCUUUAUAUCGUGCAGAAUGAACGUUUGCCAUCAGAAUUCGCCAAGAAUCUACCCCUAAUUCGGGCGUCCGCUCAUCUCUUAGGAUUUCCUUCGCUACGCUUACCGAUCUUCGAUAAUACGGCGGCAUCUAAAGACGGCACCCUACAAAGUGGUGAUGAGCUGGUUGGAGUCAACGGACAGUCGGUCAAGGGGAAGACCAAAGUGGAAGUGGCCAAGAUGAUACAGGCCGCUAAGGACGAAGUAACAAUAAACUACAACAAACUCCACGCGGACCCAAACCAGGGCAAAUCCCUAGACAUAAUAAUGAAGAAGAUGAAGCAUCGUCUAGUGGAGAAUAUGUCAUCUGGCGCCGCUGAUGCAUUAGGUCUGUCCAGAGCUAUCCUAUGUAAUGAUACGUUGGUCGCCAAACUGAAUGAACUGAGGGAGACUGAAGGGACUUAUAAACGAUUGGUGGAGUACGCGAAAAGAAUGUUAAAAUCAUACUUCGACCUGCUCCAAACAUACAAGGCAUUGGGGGAUAUCUUCGCAGCCAUAGGCGUGAGGGAACCCCAGCCUCGCGCUUCGGAGGCCUUCUCCAAAUUCGGGCAAUACCAUCGGUUGUUAGAGAGAGAUGGCAUAAAGAUGCUCAAGGCAUUAAAACCAAUUCUAGCAGACAUGGGAACAUACCUUAACAAAGCGAUACCAGACACAAAAUUGACAAUUCGCAAAUAUGCCGACACCAAAUUUGAGUAUCUCUCAUACUGCUUGAAGGUUAAGGAGAUGGAUGAUGAGGAGUAUGGUUAUAACGCUUUACAGGAACCCCUUUAUAGGGUGGAAACUGGGAAUUAUGAAUAUAGGUUAAUUUUGCGAUGUCGACAAGACGCGCGAGCGAGAUUCGCACGACUCAGAUCAGAUGUUUUGGUAAAAUUGGAACUUUUGGACAACAAAAAAACACAAGAUGUAGCUUACCAACUGAGAAGGUUUAUACAGGGCCUUGCCGUUUACCACAACGAAACAGUUGAGCAUCUGAAAGAAAAUUCUUCACUGUUCCCUGUAGAAGUGGAUUUAUCUCAAAACGCCUUCCAAUACAAAUCUACCACUCAGAUCAUACAGGAUAACCCAGAGGACGAAGAAGAUAUAGAAUUCGGCAAAGAAAUACAAGAAUAUCACGAUAUUUCAGAAGAUGAUAUCAAAGAAGCAAAAGUCGUGAACAGACGACAAAACAAGGAUAAAGAUAAUACUGAUUCUUCAGAGCAACUUCUACCAGAUUUUGAUUCAAUGGACAAAGCCAAAAACGACAAUAUCGACAAUCUAUCUCUUCUAAAAGAAUUAGGUUUAGCAGACACAAAUGUCGCUGAAGAAUUCGGUGAUUUUCAGAAUGGUUUGGAUGAAUUGACGUCGAAAAAUGAUAGCGAUGACAUUUUUGAUAAACUAUUAAGGGAUUUGGAUAUUGGAAAGUAGUUUGAUAGGAUGUUUACAUUGUUAAUAGUGUUUCUAAUUAAUAAAGUUAUUAUUAUAGUGGUUGUAUUUAUAA